CCGGCGGCGAGGGCGGUAGCGCGACCCGGUGGGGUGAGGAGGAGCGGCCGGUCCCGCCUCCUUCCCGCGGCUCUCGGUGCCGGCGAGGCCUGACCUGGGCCGGAUUCGCCGGCCGGCGAGCCCCGGGGGUAGCGCGGAACCAUGGCGCAGCGGACGGCGGCGGAGAGCGCCAGGCAGCAGCGGCAGCUUCUAGAAGGGAAAGCUCAGGCAGAAGGUGGAUCAGCUCGGACAUCACUUCUUAUUUUAGUGUCCAUCUUCUUAUCAGCUGCUUUCCUUAUGUUCCUGGUAUAUAAAAAUUUCCCACAACUUAGUGAAGAAGAAAGAGAAUCUAUAAAGGUUCCAAGAGAUAUGGACGAUGCGAAGGCUUUGGGAAAAGUCCUGUCCAAAUAUAAGGACACAUUUUAUGUUCAAGUGUUAGUGGCUUAUUUUGCCACGUAUAUUUUCUUACAAACGUUUGCUAUUCCUGGGUCUAUAUUUCUCAGUAUCCUGUCAGGGUUUCUUUAUCCUUUUCCGCUGGCCUUAUUUCUUGUUUGUCUGUGCUCAGGACUUGGAGCUUCAUUCUGCUAUAUGCUUUCAUACCUAGUGGGACGCCCUGUUGUAUACAGAUAUUUAACAGAAAAAGCAGUAAAAUGGUCAGAACAGGUUGAACGACACAGAGAACACCUCAUUAACUACAUAAUAUUUUUGAGAAUAACACCUUUUCUUCCCAACUGGUUUAUCAAUAUAACAUCUCCUGUCAUUAAUGUGCCAUUGAAAGUAUUUUUCAUUGGCACUUUUCUAGGUGUAGCACCACCGUCUUUUGUAGCCAUUAAGGCAGGAACAACGCUGUACCAACUUACGACAGCAGGGGAAGCUGUUUCCUGGAACUCUGUGUUUGUUCUGAUGAUUCUAGCCAUCCUCUCCAUCCUACCAGCUGUCUUCCAGAAGAAACUGAAACAGAAGUUUGAAUAAGGAUCAAACUGGACCAGAAUUUCCCAUACUUCAUCUCAGGAUCAGCACUUCUGAUAUUUGUACAUUUGCUUUUCUAUUGGAUCUUAAGCAAUUAAAGGGGAGGCUUGUAAUUGAUAAGAAUGUAAAUGAACACCUUCUAAAAUGCAAGGAACUGUGUUCAGAAGUGUACUGCAUAUAGUUUUGUAACCAAACCAUAAGUGGUUUACUUUGAGAGGGUGUUUGUGGGGCCCUCAGGAUGAGGGAAAUGAAAACACAGAUAUAACAUUUUGCUCUGAUUAUCUGCAGAGCAAAAAUUGUAAUGUAGACAUAAACCACAGAUAAUGCUUUCUAAAACUUGCAAGAAAAAAACCUUAAUUAUUCAGUGCAGUUUUGUUACACUCUCUGUAGGCUUGCAUGUGAUCUGGUCUGAUUACAUUUCUCAUCAACAAUUUUUUAGUUCCAAAAUAAUAGCAUAAUAACGGUGCUCACUCAGAAACAAAGGUUUUUUGCAGUACUUUAAGUACAAUGAUAUUCAUUCUCAUCCUGAUUGUUUACUUCUAUUUAUUAGUGCUCUGUGGACUUAAAUACUUGAACCUACUAACUGCUUUAUUAACUGGAUUAACAAAGGCAAAGUGUCACAUCAUUCCCUCUUGUCCUCUGUACAAUUUAAUUCUGGAAGAGGAUAUAAGAAGGGAGAGAGCAGGCUAGAUUUUUUUAUUGUGGCUGGCUUAUGACUUCAAGUUCUAAUUUUAAUUUUUUUAGUGUUGAUUAUUUUGUCAAUAUUUCACUUGCAUAGAUUUAUCCUGCCAAUUUAAGAAAAUGAUUGUAUGGUUAUAGAAAACUCUCAGUGAUAUAAAAGUGAUAUAAAAGUAUGACUUUAAGCAGUGUAAUAUUACCAUUUCUCAAGCAAUAUGUAAAGAGUAUAAAAUUUUCCAUUGCAGCUCAAUUAGCUGGAAAGGUCACAUACACAAAUUGGUGCAGUUUUUAUUAAAGAGCUGAUUCCAAAUAACGUUCAAAGCAUCACGUAACAGAAGGCUCAUGUGUCAAUGUGUAUAAAAUUGAAAGGAUGAUUCCGUUGUCUGGUUAGUCAGUGACUGGCAAUAGGCAACCAGCUAUGAUUCACCUUUAAGUAAAAGUAUAUAUAUUCACUGAAUAAGUUACAUCCCCUUGUAUGCUUAUAACUGUUGUGGUUUGUUGUAUUGUCUGUGGAAUCCCAUCAAAUGAGGCCCUGAUCAGCAAGGACCUGGGGUGUGCAUAUAAGUUUUAUCCUACUGAAACCAGUGCUGCUUAUAAGCUUUAAGUUGUGCCUCUGGAGCAUCUUGCUGAAAUGGGAGUUGACACAUUACCAUAUGCUCCAAUUCAGGGGUUUAUUGGUCUGUAUCCUCAUGUCAACUCAUUGUAGGAUACAUCAUUGAGAUGUAAGAGAACAGUUCCAUAAAUGUGAUAAUGUGAAAGGUACUGGUACCUUUAAAGAGUUUUGUUUUUUUUGUAACAUCAUGCUAAUUGACUCCUUCAUUUCAUCACAGUAUUACAUGUAAAUAUAUAGUAAAUAUUAUUGAUACACUACUUGUCUUUAUUUAAAUCUGAGCUGCAUAGUAAAUGGUAUUUUUUACAUAGAUAAAGGAAUUAAUAUAACUUCUGUUUGCAACUUUAUUGGAAGAUCAUUUAGCUUCAGCAGUUGUUUUGUUAUUUAGAAUUUACUCUAGAAGUGUACUUUAUUGGCAUUUAAAACCGAACGGUGAUUAUUUUUAUUGCUGUGGUUAUAAUCUCAGAGGACAUCUACCCAAGGGAUUUAUUCCAUGGUAAACCUGAGUGUGAAUUUAGGUGUCGUGAGCAAGUAUCCCCUGGACUACUGAGUGUGAAGUCACUGUAGAUUUACAGCCUAUGUUUCUGCAUAGUUAAUUUUUUCGUGCAGAUAAGCUCUCGGAAUAAAUUACCUACUACUUAUUGUCCAGAGGCUUUUCUCAAAAUUUCUCUGAGUUUCUGGUCAAUAACAGAUACUGUUGUAAAAUCCCUUCUAUUCUGUAUAAAGCCAACGUUUUGGUGGAACUUUGACACUAAAGAAGGAAUCAAACUAUGUUUAGUUUAAUGUGAAUCAUACCAUCACUUGACAUUUUCACUGAGUUACAUUUCACUCUAAGUGGGAUCAGCCCCUGUUACUGAAAAACCUGCUGCGUUUCAGCCAUAGACUGGGUUCACAUCAUAGUGGCUAAAAGCCUUAAGACCUUAAAAAGGUUGAAAAGAUGGUUCUUUCCCUUUGCAAAAUCUUUGCCUUUUUUAAACCUGUCCCUUCUGUGUUUAUCUUCAGCUGCCAAGAGCCUCAGGCAGUUUCCUGCCCUAUGAGUACUACUGACUGGUGUGAAGAUAAGGAAGGCCUUGUGGAAAACCACUGUGCUGUGGAAUACUGUACUAGCCUGCUCUUUUCUUUAGGGAAUCCAGCAAGUGAUCCAAGACAUAGCCAUAACAUUUUGACAGGGAAGUGUCUACCAUGAAAUACGACGGAAAAUCAGGAAGGGGUAGCUUUGGGUUUUUUUUCUUUUUUAAUUGCAGGGAAUUUUGAGCUGUUAGGUGACCCAUUAAUCUUUUGGAAUUUUUUCUGGUAUGCGCAUGACAUCAUUACCAAAUGUCUCUUGCCAUUUGAUAAUAAAGCUAUGAUAUAAAACAAGAAA